GAGAUGGAAGAGAAGCUGAACGGAUCGCUGCCCGUCGUCUCGCCGGAGUAUCUUCAUCAGUGGGUUCGGUCGGCCCAGCAGUUCCAGGCUCUCCAGGCCCAGUACUCCAGCUUCAACCCCAGCCAGCAGUUCCAUUACCCGGACAGCCAUCCCGGGGACGCCCCCCUGGCUCAGGCGGGCCCCCCCCUGGCUCAGGCGGGCCCCCCAGAACCCCCAGAACCAGCCAUGGACCAGCAGGAGCCGGCAGACCCGGCCAAACCCAAAAAGAGAGGCAGAGCAGCACAACCCAAGGAGCCAAAGCCGCCCAAACCCCCCAAGGUCCCCAAGGUCCCCAAGGCGCCGAAGCCACCGAAGCCCCCCAAGGAACCCAAGCCACCAAAACCACCCAAGGACCCCAACGCACCCAAAGCCAAACCCGGUCCGAAGCCCAAGAAGGCGGCCGAGUCUGCGGCUAACGGCAAGCAGGAGAAGAUCGACGAGAGCUUCAAGAAGGUGAAGAGGAAAGUGGACCGCUUCAAAGGGAUGUCUGAGGAGGAGGUGAUGAAGAAGACGCUCCCGGACCUGCUGGACGACAACCUGGACUACGUCAUCAUCGGCAUCAAUCCAGGACUGAUGGCAGCGUUCAUCGGCCGCUGGUUCCCCGGCCCGGGAAACCACUUCUGUAAGUCCAGAUUCAGGAAUUCUUUAGAAACGUACACCGUUAAAAUAGUUG